AGAAAAAGGUCACUUGGGUUGCAAUCGUCAUAGUGUCUCCGUAUUUGACAGAGGUGUCCUGGGACGUGAGCCUUCUCAAGUUUUUUCAGGAAUGAAGCCUGACAACAUGGAUGUAGUGGGGAAGACAUUUAAGCAGAGAAAAAGUUUCGCAACACGGAAAGAAGAGGUAGCAGGUAUAAGAGCCAAGUUUCCUUCAAAAGUCCCAGUAAUAGUAGAGAGAUACCACAAGGAACGUUCUUUGCCUAUUUUAGACAAGACCAAAUUUUUGGUUCCACAAGAACUUACAAUGUCACAAUUUGUCACAAUCAUCAGGAACAGGCUUUCCCUCACUCCAAACCAAGCAUUUUAUCUCAUAGUAAACAACAAAAGCAUUGCCAGUAUGUCUACAACGUUAGCAGAGGUUUACAGGGACGACAAAGAUGAAGAUGGAUUUUUGUACAUGACAUAUGCAUCACAAGAAAUGUUUGGGAGUUGCUGAGCAGAGAUUGUGUUAUUUUAGUCAAACAUAUUGACAGAUUUGACAGUAAGAAUAUUAUGACUGACAGUCUGUUGCAAGUGUGUAGCAGUGUUAAUGGCAUGCUCUGUAAGGCCUUGCUUAUUUUAUUGAGAUUCUGAUGCUACAUUUGCCUAAAAUAAGAGAUGGCCUUGCCUGUACAAAUUUUCCCUGUGAUUUGUAUAUUUAUCGUCUGAUGAUGAAAGGGACCAGUCUGAUGAAUGAUCUGAGUUUACAUAUGUAACAGUAAUUAUGCUUUGUACAGUGACUUUUUCUUAGAGUAAUCCAAUAAGUAUGUUAAACACAAAUAUUCUUCCUGGGUCAUUUUUUAGAUUGAUUGGAAGAAGUUCCCAGUGUGCUAUGAGGAGUCACAAUUACUCAAAGUUUUGCAAUGAUAAUGUCCCCAUAUUGAGCCCAAUGAGUAGCUCACUGUAUACCAUAUCAUAGACCACAGCAGUAUUAGUAUUAGUUACAAAAACCCUUGGAAGGGAAAAAUAAAAUGUCUGUUGUAAUUGGGAAGUUAUCUUCACCAGGUAUGAAAUCAAAAAAUGCUUGUGAUAGAUAUUAACACAUUUGUGCCUUGGAAUGAAAUUGAAUUAGCGUUGUCCAGGAAAUGAACUACUUGUUGAUAAAUGCACCGUACAGCUGCCCCUUUUUGACUGCUGUAAACUUUUGUACACAAAGGCUCAUGUUAUAAUUAAUGCUGUGGAAGAUGGGUGCUAAAAUUAAGAAGCGAGUAUAUCUGGAUUCCAGGUUGAACUUGAUGUGAGCUUUUAUUUAGCUGUGUGAAGAAUUGGUCUACCUAAAUGUAAUGUAAGAUAUAAGAAAAAAAUUAGAUUUUGAUUGUAGUUGGAAGUUUUGUAACAUAAUUUGGAAAUGACUGCAUAUUUAGAAGUCAUGCCAGUUUUCUGAUCCAUAUAAAUAACUUUACAGUGACAUUGCACACUGCUGCUCAUUUUAAAACAAGCUACUAGUGCUGGACUGUAGCUGAAGUUGAAGAACAAAUUUGUCGAACAAACAGAAUAUCAAAGUGGCUUUUAUCAUUAAACUUUGUCAUAUACAUGACACUUACUGCUGCUUUUAUAAUGAAAACCUUUUCAGAAAAUAGUUUUUUUUCUAAUUGAAUUAAACAGCAUCAUUUGAUUCCAGGCAGAAAAAAAAGUGCAAUACUAGCUUCCACAUUCUAUAAAUCAUCCUUUCUUGAAUCUUAUUUAAAUUUAUUAUUUCCUUUAUCCAAAUAUUUUGCUUUUCAUUGUAUUAAAUAGUUAUCAUUAUCCAGAAAUAAAUAAAACUCUAUUCUUGUA